AAAUAAAUAAAUAAAUAAAUCUGAUCCCUCACCAGCACCGAGCUCACUAAAAACAAUGAUAGCCAUGCUUGUCCGUUUGCUUCUCCACCCUGCAUCUGCAUGCAAUUGCAAUCUCACUCUGCAGAAGAAACCCCAUUGAUCCAUCAUUUUCAAGCACUGUUUCAGUGGAUUGAAUCAAAUACAACCAAUACUAGAAAGUAUUUCAGUUCUUGUAGUUCUAUCUGGUCAAAGACAGCAAGUAUUAGCAGUACAGGUAGCAGCUAUCAAUAGGUGCAGCAUUGCUACACUUCUACACAGUGAAGAGCAGGGAGAAAAUAUAGAAAAGGCUAUUGCUCUCUAGCCUCUAGUGCAGGUAGGAGCGGAGGCAAGGGCACAAAGAACCACUGCUGAGACUCUCCCUGAUUUGUUCAAGCUGCCUGGGCGGGAAAGAGAAAGGGAGAAGGAGGCCAAUGCGAGCGAGUUGGUGAGAAGAGUGCAGGGCAGGGAAAAGGAAAAGAAAAGCGCAGACUUUGGAUUCUUGCAGGGGGUCGAUUUCUGCGCUUCUCGAGGCUCCUCGCGUGGGAAGCCACGGCCUUUCUUCCAAUCCACCUGGUGGUGCUGCUAAUCUGGUAGAGUUGCCUUCUUCCUUACAUCUCUGGGUGCAUGCGUGCCUGCUUCGAUCUGUGCCUGUGUGGGAUGCGCAACGUGGGUGCUGUUCUUGCUUCCUUCUCGUCUCUGUCCGAGAAGAAGAGGGAUUAAUUGAAGAGGAAAGUGGAACAGGAAAGAGGGGAACGAGGUAGUGGUGCCAGUAGUAAAAACCGAGGCUUUCGUCUGGUUUUCACACGGUUCUUGUGAUGGUUGUUGCCAGUCUCCAUUGAUUGUAGUCGCAGAGUUUCGCAGCAAAAAUGUUUGGUUGUACAAUUUCUUAGUUUCUGCGACCAUACUCAGUGCCUGGUUGCAUUCUGUAUCGAUCUGUAUAUUUAUAAACAGCAGAAAAUCUAAUCUUGUGUUGGUGAGGAGCUGCCUUGUAAAGAUUUUGUGUUGAUAUAUGAACUCCGCUUUUGGACAUUUGGUGGUGGCAAAGGAACCAAGAGAACCCCUGUUGCUGCUUUGAAUGGUCUGGUGGUUGCGAGAUGGAUCGCCGGAGUUGGCUCUGGAGGCGCAAGUCAUCAGAUAAGAGCCCUGGGGAGAGUGAUAGCUCCGGUUCGAUGUCAUCACACUCGGAGCACUGCUUCGAUGAUCAGGAAGCCAAACCUAUCCCCGAUAAUUCUUCCCCAAAUCAUAGUCAUUCACCUGAAGUUUCUUCAAUAAUAAUUGAUGCUGAGACUCAAGCAGCUGAAACAGCAAAAUCAUUGAAUGAGAAGCUAAUGUUGGCAACUAGCUCAAAUGAUUCUUCUCCACGGCAUGGCCAAUCACCUCAACCAGAGGUGUCCCCAAAUGUCAGGGGUGACGAUGUCCAAGAUUCUGUGAAUAGUUUGAGUGAGAAAUAUUCUGCUGCUCUUUUGACUAUCAGUGCUAAAGAGGAAUUGGUGAAGCAGCAUACAAAAGUUGCAGAAGAGGCUGUUGCAGGUUGGGAACAGGCUGAGGCUGAAGUUGCUGCCCUGAAACGACUACUUGAAACUGCAUCUCAAAAGAAUCUCUCUCUGGAGGAUCAGGUCAACCACCUAGAUGAUGCCCUUAAAGAAUGUGUAAGGCAGCUCCGCCAGGCACGAGAAGAACAAGAGGAGAAAAUCCGUGAUGCAAUUGUUAAGAAGUCUAAAUUGGAGUCAGAGAAGUCUGAGCUCCAGGACCAUAUUGCCGAGCUGAGUAAGCAGCUCGAAGCCACCAAACUAGAAGCUACCACUGUGCAUGUCCAGCACAAUCUGCAGGAAAAGCUUCAGAUGGUGGAGAAAGAAAACAAAGACCUCAAAGCAGAGCUUCUCACACUGUCGAAGGACCUGAAUAUACUCGCACGGGAAAGAGACCUGAGCAACCAAGCAGCAGAGACAGCAAGCAAACUUCACCUGGAAAGUGUGAAAAGGAUUACGAGAGUUGAGGCGGAAUGCCUUAGGUUGCGUCAUCUAACACGGAGAACUUCCUUGGCCAAUGAUUCUAGGCCUAUACCCAACAAUACUUACAUGGAAUCUCUGACUGACAGUCAGUCUGACAGUGGGGAGCGAAUGGUAGCUGUUGAUGAUGAAAUGAAAAAUUCUGAUUCAUGGGCAUCAGCUCUGAUAGCUGAACUUGACCAAUUCAAGAAUGGCAACUCUGGCACAAGAAAUCUUGUGAAUAAUCCUAUUGAGAUUGACCUGAUGGAUGAUUUCCUCGAGAUGGAAAAGCUGGCCGCGUUGCCUGAAAUAGACCGAGUGAGCUCUAGCUUUGGAGCUGAAACUGAUUCUGACCAGGGUGUGACUAGAGAUAAAUCAUCAAAUAUUGAAACUGAGUCAUUGCAGCGUCAGGUGACAGAUUUGCAUGCAAAGGUUGAGAAGAUUGAAGGUGAGAAAAGGGAGCUUGAAAUGGCUCUUGCAGAGGCCAGGGAUCAGCUUGGCACAUCAUGUGAUGCUUUAAUGGUGGCCAAUGACAAGUUGGUCGAUUUGCAGAUGCAGUUGGACUUGGCAAACGAAUCCAAACAAGCUGCUUUGGGACAAGCUGAACAACUGGAUGGUGAGAGGAAAGAUCUGGCAUCACAGCUGGAGUCAAAGUCAGUACAAGUUGAGGAGCUUCGGACUAUGGUGGCUUCACUGGAAGAAAGUGUAGAUAGGAAGGAGUUGGAGUUGCAGUUAGAGUUAGUUUCUGCAGAGUCUGCAGAUCUUUGCAAGACAGUGGCAUCCUUGGAAGAGAAGAUUGUUGCAGAGAGAAAUCUUUCUAUGCAGCACCAAGCAAAUGCAGACUUGGCAGAAGCUACUAAAGAAUCAUUAGAGGCACAGCUGCAGUCUGCAAACACAGAAGUUGCGAAGCUGAGAGGGAUUAUGGAAACUUUGGAAAGCGAGGUGCGGAAAGAGAAGGUGUCUCGUGAAGAACUUGUGAAACAAAUAGAGGCCAUGAAGAUUGAAUCAGAGAGAACACUUUCUGUGGCGUCUACCAAAGAGUCAUUAGAGGCGCAGCUCCAGGUAGUGAACUCAGAAGUUGCAAAGCUGCAUAGGACUGUGAAUGCACUGAAGUGUGAUGCGGCAAAAGAGAAGGCAUAUUCGUCAGAUCUCCAGAUGCAACUAGAGGCAGUGGAAGGAAUCAGGAAGGUGUUGGAGUCUGAACUUGAGUCUUCACACCAGGAGACCAUGAAGCUCAAGGAGAAGGUUUUGUUAUUGGAAGUAAGGCUUAAGGACCAGACCUCAUUGAUUGUAGAAUUUACAGCUAAGGCGGAGGAUGCAGUGUCCCGGAGAAAGGCAUCGGAAGGUCAACUUGAAGCAGCAAAUCUGGAACUCACAAAACUGAGAAACAAGGUGAGCUUGCUACAGGGGAAGAUUGAGCAGGAGAAGCUUAUGUCAGAAGAUUACAAAGCAAAAUGCCGCAAGUUGGAGGCUCAGCUGUCGAGGGACAGUCGAGAGGCGAAGCUUUGGCGUCUCACUAACUCAAAUGGUGACCUGAAGGUCAAGCAGGAGCAAGAGCUAUCUAGUGCUGCUGGGAAGCUUGCGGAGUGCCAGAAGACCAUCGCUAACCUUGGUCGUCAGCUCAAAUCACUAACAGACCUUGAUGGUGUGGCAUCGGAGUCUGAAAAGCUGGAAUCCAAGGACACGCACCCGGACUUCAGAGAUGGUGAUGAUGGGCUGCUCUCUGCAGACUUGGCAGAUGGAUUGUACGAACUGGAUCUUCCUAAAAGGAAUGGGAGCUGCUUCUCACCAGUUCCAUUGAAUCAGUCCCCAUCCUCACCCGCGGAAAUGUCGGUGUUUUCGGGGGGUCUCACGUCUAUUAGUAACUACUUGAGCAAAACAAGAAAGUGAAAUCCGAUGAGAGUAUUGUGUAUAAAUUAUUUGACAGUUCCUGGAUGUUGUCAGUUGUUACCUGAUGGUAGAUCGGUGUACAUUUACAGAAUCUGAUGGUUAAUUACAUUUGUGCCAUCUAUUUCUUCA